AUGGCGUUCAAUAUCUUGUUUUGUAUUUGUUGGCUUCAGUUGUCAUGGCUAACCGUUGCUGCUUUCAACAUCGGUGGGCCAGUUAACACGACUACUGGCAUCAUCAGAGGAAAACCAUCACCCUUACGGUCUAGUGUUUCUAUGUAUCUAGGGAUAAAGUAUGCAAAAGCUCCAAAGGGUGCCUUGCGGUUCGCUGCCCCUGUGCCUGUGCAUAGGUCACCAGGCGUAUCCAAUACAACUUCUUUUCCUAGCGAUUGUCCUUGCAAUCGCGUACCUGCGAACAAAGCGCAUAUGCUCGGCCCCGUUGGCGAGAAAAUCGCAAAGUCACUAUCUCAAGAAAACCACUUUCUCGAUGAGGAUUGCCUGGCCCUCAACAUUUGGACGAAGCCCCAGCAAGGCGAACGGAAGAAGGCAGUUAUAUUCUAUAUUCAUGGUGGGGCGUUCUGGCUUGGAAGCGGCUCUAUCACUGCUACUGAUGGCUCGGUCCUUGCGGAUGAAAACGACGUUGUGGUCGUUUCAUUCAACUACCGCCUCAGUAUCUUCGGAUUUUCUGGGGCACCCGGCCAGCCAUGGAACGUGGGACUAAUGGACCAACGCUUAGCACUGGAGUGGACAAAAGCCAAUAUCGCAGGCUUCGGAGGUGACCCUUCUCGGAUCACAGUCAUCGGCCAGUCAGUCGGGGGGAUAUCAGCUGACAUGCUAGCAUUCAGCUACCCCAGAGAUCCUAUAGCGCACGCUUUUAUCGCAAUGUCGGGGGUUGCGAGCUCCUAUUUCUCAGCGGCCAUGCAGGGCAAAUAUCCCCAGAAGACCUGGUAUCAGGUAUCUGCGGAUCUCGGCUGCGGUGGCCGAGAGGCCGGUGAAGCAACGGUGUCAUGCAUGCGGAGUAAGAGUCAAGAUGCUCUCCUUAAUGCCAUUAAGCCGCUGGGAAUACAAAGUCCUAUAGUCCCCUUUUGGCCCGUUCCAGAUGGAAACCUUGUUCCGAAGAACUACGAAACAGAUGGGAAUGCAGGACGCUUUGCCCGAGUCCCCUUUUUGGCGGGGAGCGCAGAGUGGGAAAUGGGCCUCUUCUUCGUCAUCCCGCUGAUGUACAUGAAUCUUACAGAGGACCAAGUAGCUGCUCUACCGGUCGGUUUGAUCCGGCCUCUCGACGACCUUAUAACCCUGAUAGCGUUCACAUGCCCAACCGCGGAAUCUAUUGGAUUUAGAAGAAAGUACCAGCUUCCUGUCUGGCGCUAUCGAAACUAUGGAGGCGACUACAAUAAUACCAAACUUGGUCCCGCGGGCUCGUGCUGGCAUGCUUCCGAUGUUUUCGUCUUGUUUGGAACCGCGUCUUUCGUAACUGGAGUUGAAGAUAGCGAGUUUGAAGCCAAAGCCGCGGCAUAUAUGCGGGAUGCAUGGACAACUUUUGCGAAGGAUCCCUAUAAUGGGUUGAAUACUCGGCUCCAUUGGCCGCAGUAUGAUCCUUUAACAAAGUCCAUGAUACAGCUCUCGUACAAACAGCAAACUGAAGCAAGCUACACUUUCAACUGGAAGGUAGACGCAUUUUGCCCGGUUAUAGCGGUGUUCAAGGAUAUUUACCUAGUUAUAUUAAGGAUCCUGUCAUUCUUGAUAAAAUCGCAGAAUGCCCCUGGGCUCAUGGAUAAUCUUACGGAUAUUCUCUAUCACUCAUUGAGUAACGAGGAAGCGCUGAAAACAGCCCUCGAAUCACUCCAAAGCAUCGCACACAGUCUCUAGGGCUGUGGUAGCGCAGGAUCUAUUGCUGAGCCAAAUUGACAUGAACAUUGCCACACUAUCCGCAACUAUUGAAGUACUACGUACACUACCCAAGAUCGAAGCAUGUCACCCAGAAAAAUAUAAGAUAAACAUGAUUAACCAACAUGGUAUAUGUCACUAGAUCUCCCCAAACCCCUAACAACAAAAGGCAGAAUAAUACCCACAAAACGAAACCCCAUCCCAAACUCAACACUCACCCCAGAUAACAGAAAUACUCUCACCUCCACCAAGAGCAGAACAACCAAUCCCUCUAUCACAGAAGAUACUCCCUAAUCUCCACCUCCAACCUCACCCACCACCGUCCAACACCACAAUAAAUCUCAUAACUCCCCCGGCUCAAUCCCUCGACCUAACCGUCCCAGUCACAGACACACUCUUCCCGUUCACCAUAUCAACCGGCGGAGGAUACUACCCACUAUCAUUAGCCCAAGGUUCAGGUUCAGAUUCCAA